AAGUUAACCAUAAAUACCUCACUAUAAAUAGAUUUAACAAAAAUCAUAUACGUAAAAUACUUGGAAGUGAAAUUAUGAUAUAAACAUCAAAAAUAUAUAUUCGAUUAGAAAGACUGACUCCACAAAUAUGUAUAAAUCAACUUAAUAUAAAACUAGUGUUAUGGAUUAUUGGCCGAAUUUUUUAUUUUGCACGCCAAAGAAAAGAAAUUAAGGAAAGACAUCUAAGAUAUAAAAAUGGCAGAGCAAUUACUAUCUUCGAGAUCUUUUCAUAAUCACAUAAAACUGGGACUUGGAUUUUUAUUCACGAGGGAGGUCCUUGAAGAGUUUGUACGAGAAGAUACAGAAGAAUUUAUGGACAGUAUACUGAACGAUAUUUACACGAACCGCUCUGUUCCGAGAGGACUGUUAUGCCAUUCUUGCCUUACAUCAAAUGUGUUAAAAUGCCCAACAAAAGAUAUUUGUAGUUUAAAUGCCUCGCAUUGUUCAUUUCACAGUGGCACUUCUAAGUCGUAUCGUAUCUGUCCAAAUGGCAUCUGUGACCGCUUCAAAGACAGGAUAAAUGCAGAGCACAGAAGUGAACCAGUCUGGAAAAAUACGGAUGCCUCAAAGUGGUGAUCAUGCGCAGUCGAAAUAGCUAAAUGUUUUAUGCCUUGCAAAGGAUAUAAAGGAAUUGCUUCCUUAAACGAAACAGACUUCCACGGCAUUGUCAGCGUUAUAAUAAACAACAAGAGGUUACAGAACAAACUCUCAAAGAAAGGAAACCUGUGCAUAAAGUUACGCCAAAUGAGCAAUGAAUUUCGACAUUCAGCGAAUUUGUCCGUAGAUGAUAAUGACUUUGUGGAACGACUAGACUUACUGAUUGAGCUUCUGCAAGACCCAAAAUACUUGGUUUUAAAAACACAUUGUCAAGAUGCAGUUAAAACUCUGCGACAGCUCAAAACGGAUACCUUUGAGAUAAGCUCGAAACAAGUAAGCAGAGUACUAUCUGAUGCAAUUAAAGACCGGGAACAUACGGCAGUAAAGAAUAUCUCAGAGCAGGAACAGAUCACACUCAAAGUCUUGCACGAACUUAAUGCUAAGUAUAUAGAAGAAGCUAAAGUAGUUACUGCUAAUUCAUUGGCAGAAGUUAUCGACACAAAAGUGAGCACCCUUUUAGAGGUGACUGAAUUCGCAAAGAAGGAAAAGGCAAGUAUAGCAAGAACUGGCAAUCGAGAGCAACGAAAGUUACAAAGAACAGCCAAGAAACUAAAAUCAUCAUUCGAAAGGGACGAUGAAAGGGGAGAUAUUCAAGAUGAAGGAGACGAGCGUGCACAACAAAAAACGAGUAAACAUACAGAUUCUCAACUCAAACAAGAGCUUCGGGAUGAACUGAUUGAAUUUUAUAAAGGUGAGCACAAAUAUUUGCCCAUCUCACCAUUAAUCGACAGCAAUAAAGCACCACUUCUGGACUUUUACGUUGGUCCUACAAUGUAUUACAUUGAUAUGGAGAGACAGCCGUUCAGAAAUGAAGAGUCUAAAUUUACCCAACCUGUUAAAUCGUAUAGGGACAUAUUCUUCAAAGACAAUCAGAGAUGUAAAAAUAUUUAUGUAACAUCUCGGGCAGGAAGUGGAAAAACAUGUUUUUCAAAGCGAAUGACUUUGGCAUGGUGCCAAGCAUGGAAACCGGAAGACAGCAAACGAGAAUGUUUUGAGAUAGAAAACAUCGAAGCAAUGAAGGAUUUCGGCUUCGUUUUUCUUAUUUCACUCAGAGAAUGUCUGUCGAAGGAAUGUGAUGUUGAUGAUAUAAUUCAAAAGCAACUAAUUAGUAACCUGCCGGGUUGGUCUGCGUAUCCAAAUAUCAUGCAGGAUUUGUUACACUCAGAGGAUUGCUUGAUUGUGAUCGAUGGACUCGACGAAUGGAGUCAUCCUACAAAAAAGAAGAAAAAAUGUCACAAAUUUAUGUCUAAAAUUCCGCACCGGAAAUUUAGAACACGUACAACAAUCCUCACUACUUCGAGACGAUGGAAGUUCCAUACUAUUACUCAGGACAAUGUCCAGAUCGAUCAACAUGUAGAAAUGACCGGACUGGAUAACGAAUCGGCUCAAAUGCUGGCGAAAAAUGUCAUAACGCAUCUUAAUUCGCGAUCUGAACAGUCCAAAUCACCAGACGAUUUUAGAGAUAUGCUCGAAGCAAAGGGUCUCCAUAAGUUUAUACAUUUUCCGUUAAUUCUGAUGCAACUGCUGUCGCUAUGGUACGAUGGAAGAGAAACUGGUGAAUCUAAAUGUCAGAUUUUUAGUAAUAUGCUUGAAUUACUUUUCAUACAUGCUAAGAGAAGGUCAAAUUUUGAAGACAAGUUCAAAAACAUACCACAUAAGAAAGGCAAACGCUCAAACAAAACAUUACCUCGGAGUUUCACAUCCGCACCACUAUGUCAAAAAUAUAACCAAGUGUUGAAUUCACUAUCAAAAUUAGCGUACGAAACUAUGUUUGGAGAAAAUUUCGACAAUAGUCUUGUGUUCGACCAUAGCAUUGUCAAACGAUACCUUUCAGAUGACGAAUUUUCGCUAUGCUUGGAGACUGGAAUUCUUCUACAGUCUAAAGAAAAUGGCAAACUUACAUCCGAAGAUCUGAAUUAUUCUUUCCUGCACAAAACUUUUCAAGAAUUACUAGCGGCAUUAUUCAUUUCGUCAAAGACCGAUUUGCCAAAGAACAUGCUUCCAAAAAUCUUGAAAAAGAUCAAAUGUGUUGAUAACAUUUUACACAUGGAUAUGUUUUUAAUAUUUCUAAGCGGAUUUUCGUCCACAGUGAUAAAGAGUCUGUCUGAGGAAUUCGUUGCCCUGAUGUCAAAGGAAGAAAUGACUGAAAGAUACAGAAGGAAUAUUGGAACCAUUUUUGUCAAAGACUUUGACAAAAUGCAUGAAUUGUCAGAUCUGCUGGUGUCCUGUUUAGAAGAAAGCAACAACAAUGGUCAUGACGCGGACGUAUAUCUAGGAGAUAUCUUUGUCGACCAAAAAUGCACAGAUCCAAACUUUAGAGCAGCUAUGUCGAAACUUAUUGCUUACAAUAAUGGUACUACUAUGAAGUCACUUUAUGUGCAAGUGCACCAAACUGUGAACACAGAAAAGAUUGACCUGAUUAUGAAAGACAUCAACAUAGAUUCCGUGCACUCGCUAGAAAAGCUGUGUGUAUGGGGAAACAUACAGGCGUCCAAUGUAAAUUCUCUACUAAUCAAUUCAAAUGAUUCUAUGAAGUGCUUAGAACUAUGGCAUCAAAGUCAUACCGAGGAUGAGCUCGCAAGUUUGCAGAAAAUGAACAAUGUCAGCGGGUUUUCUCUUCUUAGCAUUGAAAUGCACCACAGCCAGAUCGUUAAGUUAAUGUCAUACAUUUCCGCGAAUAGCGUUUUGGAGCAGCUGAAUUUGAAUGAUAUUGAAUGUAUUGAUCACGGCGAAGAAUGCCCUGGAUACGAGUUAGACGUAUGCCAAAAAGCGAAACCCCGGUUAUUCCUAGUGGAUAAACUUCACGUCACAAAAGUUUCAGUAAAUGCUGAACAUAUGCAAAUGUGUGUAGCUAAAUGGUUAUUCAAAGAAGGUGCAUUGGAUUCUUUGCUUACCUGUCUGAAAGGUGCGUCUAGUCUGAAGCGAUUUGAAUGUGAUGGUCCUGAAAGUGAAAGAGACACUAAAAGCUUAAUUACUUCAGUACCGUUAUUUGAAAAUUUAAAUUACUUUAGACUUAGAAACGUUAAGAUAUGCAGUGGUAAAUUGAACCUUUCAAACAUGACGGGUCUUAUGCGUGUUCAUAUAUGGCACGCUUCCAUGACCGCUGAAGUGUUCGGAGGCAUAGUGAAAGAUGUUGAAUCAUUGGGAAAAUCAGUGAUUGUUAUAUUAGAUGAGUGCGAUAUAACACCUGAUGAUAGAGAGAACAAGGUGAGGGAAUAUGUUAAAAAUUGCGGGAAGUUUGAAGUGAUCAAGGAAGCACUGGGAAAAUACCGACAAUUCCACUUUAAAUCGUUGUCAAAGUGAGGAGAAGGAUUCGCCUUUUUUGCGAGCGACAGGUCUUUAAUUAGAUGUUCAAAAAGUAUGUAUGUGGUUUUGUUUUAGCAGUGUUUAUCUACCUCUUAAGACGUUUAUCAGGGAAUGGAAAUUGAUGUCUUCAAAUAUGUUGCUAAAUGCAUUGUAUUAAUAGUAUUCGCCACAAGAUGCUAUCUAUACGGCUUUCGUGAUGGGAGUAAAUAGUUACGUAGAGAUACACGCGCCCUUGUCUUAAUAAUGUCCUUGGAGAAUUUCCCCACAACUAAAUCUGGAUACUAACAACACGACCAACAUAGAGUAUGGAUGACUAAACCCCUAACAACAGCAAUGAUUUACAUAUAAUAUGAAGGUGUAAAUGAACUGUUUCACAUAUCCUUGAAUAAAUGAUUAGUUUAUAUACUUUAAACCCAGUUUAAGAAACUCGUGUACUAUAAGCAAUGUGCUAAACAUAUUACACACUCAAAAUGGCUUACCGGUCAACAUCAAAAAUCAUUCCCGAGGUAUGCAAGCCUUUUAGUUAGUGUUUAUUACAUGACAUCAGAAGUAUGUUUCAAUAAACAUGCCUCAAGACAGUGUAUGUUUCUCAAUAUUAAUAUUAUUUAUUUUUUAAUGCAACUGCCAAGAGAUAAUCAUUAUUUUUCUAUUAUAUUUAUCUUACCGCAUUUUAUUCAUAAUAAUGCAUUAUAUGUCGGCAUUAGGCCUACCUACUUGUACUAAAUUAUGAACGCCCUCUCGAUAUUUUUGUCGUUAUCCCUUUUAUUACUAAAGUACGUUAUUGAAACCUCUCACGUAUUUAGAAAUAUGUAUAUUUGAAAAAUAAAACAUGAAGAUUUCAAGACAAUCCACGUGAUUCUGUGAUAUCAUUUUAUCUAUUCUACGGCCUCAAUCCUAUUUUAAAAUGACACAAAGAAAAAGAUGAAUUUAUACACGAGCGACUUUUGAUAUAAUGCAAGGGAAUUUGGACAAAAACAAAAUAAUUUCUUUAUCCUGUAACGUUUUAGGAAUAAAUCAAAGUAUGGUGACAUACAUCAGUGACAAGUCAAUAUCAACGCCUCUGUAUCCUUAUAAAUGAUAUUUGUGCGUUAUAUAAAACAUUGCUUUUAUGAGUAUGUUUGUGACUAUUUAAAAAUGGACAGAGACCGUAAAAUGAAUGAAAUGGUACCUUUGCACAAUUUGAUUUGUCUAAAACUUCAAGAUUUUACCAACAAAUUUGUCUAAAUGUAUGUGAAAUUUGAUUCAUUCACUAUUGGAAUUACAAAAGAUACCGCUAGAAUAUCAGAAGGGAAAUUACUGAAAAUACUUCCGAAUGUAAGACCAUUUCGGUACAUAAUGAUAAGACAGUGUUAUUGAUUAAAAACAGCUUUAUGGCGGUGAAUCUGUUGCCAUAGUAAUGUCUAGUCAAUGCUUCAGAUAUUAUAAUCUUAUAAUAUGAUCUCACUUUAAACAUAUAUGCUCAGUGUUUUAUGUUUUAUUGAAAUAAUGAAUGACAGUUAUUUAUUAAAAUGUUGAAAAAGA